AUGGCCACGCUCAACACGUCGAGCAACGGCCCUAACAUUACUAGGAGCUACCAGAACGUCGUCAAUGCUCCGCCGCCAUCCGGGCCCCAGGCCAACUCGCCGACCUACGGUCAAUGGGCCGUCUUCACCGUGGCUGCCCCGCUCGUCAGCGCAUUCCAACACGAUGGUGGGAAGGAGAGCGUCUUGAAGGUCCAGAGCACUGGAGAGGGCGAGCUGGUCGAUCUGACAGACGAAUUCUCCGACGGCCGCAUCCAGUUCGGUUUUGUCAAAGUCAAGGACCCAAACACGUCCCUCCCGAAAUGCGUGUUAAUAGCCUGGUGCGGCGAAGGCGUGCCAGAGCGGACUAAAGGCUAUUUUGGGAGUCAUCUCGGUGUCGUUUCGAAGCUUCUCCAUGGUUACCACGUCCAGGUCACGGCGCGAUCAGACGCCGACCUCACGCCCGAUCGAAUCAUACAAAAGGUCGCCGACGCAUCCGGCGCGAAGUACUCUGGCGGGCCCGAUAUCCCCUCCGCAGGCGGCCCGCCCCCAGUUACUACCAAGAAGCCCGUCUUUACCCCGACCCAGGUAGGGGGAGGAGUACGCUCAGGAUUCAAUCCGUUAGGACGGCCGAAGGGCCCCACGCAAGCCGAUACUGACGCCGAUGGUUGGGGCACCGAUGCUCCGCCUGUGACACGCACGCAGCUAGAGAAGGUGGAAUCUGCAUACAAGCCGACCAGGGUCAACAUGGCCGAACUGACCUCGAAGAAACCCGAGUCGUCUCGCUUCGAGGCCCCUCAAUCGCAGAACACCCCGCCGGAUGUCGUCAAGGGCGGUUACCAACCGAUUGGCAAGGUGGACAUAGCGGCGCUCCGCGCGCAGGCGAAGGCUUCUAGGCACGACGACAGGCCCAUCGUCGUCAAAGGUGCGUAUGAGCCAGUCGGCAAAGUGGACAUUGCAGCAAUCCGAGCCAAAGCGCAAGGCGCGCCUCGUUCAUCCGGCCUCUCUCCCGCCGCGACUGGAACAUCUAGCCGCAGCGGCGGCGACGACGACGACGAAAGACCGAAGCCGUUGGCCGAGCGAUCUGCAGCGUUCAAUCAACCCGAACGCCUUACGAGCCUUCCCAAGCCCAAGGUCGCGAACAAAUUCGGCGGAUCGAGCGCCUUUACCGGCACCAAAGCUCCUACACCCAGCGAGUUCGGCGUGAAGCCUGCUGCUCCGGCCCCAAUAGUCGGGAGCGCAAGCAAGACUUUUGCCGAUCAAGGAGGCAAGACGCCUGCGCAGCUUUGGGCAGAGAAAAAGGCGGCACAGGGGGGGAAGUCACCCACCGCCAUUGGCGGUGUCACGUCGCCCACAGUUCAGACCCAGAAGAGCGGUGAGGGAGGCUGGAAGAGCUCCUAUACAGGAAAAUCCUGGGCCCCUGUCCAGACUACGCGCACCGGCCAGUCUGUGGGCAGCAAUCUCAGCGAACAGCGUACCGGUGGGGAACCCCAGCAAGAAGAGCCGUCCUCUCCUGCAGGCGGUGUCAGCGCGCUCAAAGACCGUUUCAAGGGCGCUGCCCCAAUGGGGGCGCCUACGACCCGGCCUGUUCCCGAGCCCAGCCCGCCGCUGAUGGACAUGUCGAGCAAGCCCAACGCAGGAGCGCGCGGCAUUCCCAUCCCAGGUCUCCCAAACCGUCCCCCGGAGCCUGAGGUGGAGGAAGAAGUACCUGCUGUUCAGCACCAGCGCAUGCCUUCUCCCCCUAACGUACCUCGCAGUCCUUCUCCAGAGCCGGCUGGAUCUCCGGUUCGCAUUGCUAUGCCUGUUGGACGCGGCCGGGUACCUGAGGAAAUGUCUCCAGCCGAGGAGACAGCACCGCCCAUGCCCAACCGCUCUCUCGAUCACGCUGCGCACCAGGCUCGCGACAUGUCUCCGGAGCCGCGAGUGGAAGCUAGGGAUCCCGCUCGUGGAGCUGGUGCUGCCGUUGCUGCCGCAACUUUUGGUGCUGGCGCCGCCGUCGGCGCGGGCAUUGGCGCUGCUGCUGCGGCUGGUAGAGGUGGCGAAGGCCAGCGUGCGCUCGUGCAGUACGACUAUGAAAAGGCCGAGGACAACGAGAUCGAUCUCCGGGAAGGCGAAUACGUCACCAACAUCGACAUGGUGGACGAAGACUGGUGGAUGGGCACGAAUGCGCAGGGCGAGCAAGGUCUCUUCCCGUCGAACUACGUCGAACUAAUCGGUGACGAUGAUGACGAGGGUAGUGCCGGAGCUCCGCCACCGUUGCCGACACAUCCUCCAGCUGCUGAAGAAGAGCCCCCAGCAGCUGCAGCAGCUCCACCGCAGUCUGCAGGUGGCGCAGGCCCAACGGCCACUGCGCUCUACGACUAUGAUGCGGCGGAGGACAACGAGUUGAGCUUUCCCGAGGGUGCUACAAUUACAACCGUGGAAUUCCCUGACGAAGACUGGUGGCUUGGGCAUUACAAUGGACGGUCUGGUCUUUUCCCGGCCAACUAUGUCCAGUUGAAUGAGUAA